AUGACUACCAACGCGUUUGAGGCGCAAGGUGUCCGAGUUGCGAUCGAGGGAUGCGGACAUGGCACGUUAGAUGCCAUCUACGCUUCUGUUGAAGAAUCUUGUAAGCAACGUGGUUGGGACGGUGUUGAUGUUCUCAUUAUUGGCGGUGACUUUCAGUCCGUCCGCAAUGCUGAAGAUCUGAGUAUCAUGUCAUGUCCUGUCAAGUACCGCCACCUGGGAGACUUUCCCAAGUACUAUUCGGGUGAGAGAAAAGCACCUUAUCUAACAAUAUUCAUUGCUGGAAACCAUGAAGCCAGCUCGCAUCUGUGGGAGCUCUACUAUGGAGGUUGGGUUGCACCCAACAUUUACUACAUGGGAGCUGCCAACAUCCUGCGUUUCGGUCCACUACGUAUCGCCGGGUUAUCUGGUAUAUGGAAAGGCUUCGAUUACCGCAAACCACACCACGAAAGACUCCCCUUCAGCGGCGGUGACGUAAAGUCGUGGUACCACGUCAGAGAGAUCGAUGUCCGCAAGCUACUUCAAGUACAGACACAGGUGGAUGUCGGCCUCAGUCACGACUGGCCACGUGCAGUCGAAUUGCAUGGCGAUCAUGAAUGGCUUUUCAGAAAAAAGCCUGAUUUCAGAAACGAAUCUCGAGAUGGAACGCUCGGCAGCGUGGCAGCCGAGUAUGUUAUGGACCGUCUACGACCUCCCCAUUGGUUCUCGGCCCAUAUGCAUGUCAAGUUCGCUGCAAUCAAGACAUACAGUGAAGCCCAGCCCGAAGUGGAAGAGACCAAGCAAGAGCCUCCCCCGUCGGCUGCUCCGGUGCCAGCUACAGAGAACAAUCCCGAUGAGAUUGAUUUGGAUAUGGAUGACGAGGACGAGGACACAAAACCUAACCCGGAUCCAGAAGCCAAGAAAAGCGAGCCAGAAGUUAAUGAGGCGAAAGAGGCAUCGAAUGAAGUGUCGGAUGAGCUUCGGGCGCAACUCCCGACAUCUUUUGCUCGCCCCCAGCCCAAGAAGACACCUGGCCAGCCGGUACCACCCGGCAUCACAAACAAGGAGGUCCGUUUCCUUGCCCUGGACAAGUGUCUGCCAGGAAGACACUUUCUACAGCUAUGUGACCUCCAACCCUUCAACCCUGAGACAAGUUCCGAGUACCCUCCAGCACAAGAGUCGCCACGAUGGCGAUUACAAUACGAUCCAGAGUGGCUUGCAAUUACGCGUGUCUUCCAUGAUUCUUUAGUCAUUGGUGACAGCAAUGCGCAAUCACCGCCUGACUUGGGCGAAGAACAUUACCAGCCCCUUAUCAAAAAGGAGAGAGAAUGGGUCGAGGAUAACAUUGUCAAGGCUGGAAAGUUGGAUGUUCCAUACAACUUUGAGAUCACCGCGCCGCCUCAUGUUCCUGGUGGUCCUGAAAUUGUCAACGAGCAGCCAUCAGAAUACACAAAUCCCCAAACAUCAAAAUUCUGCGAAAUCAUGGAGCUAUCGAAUAUAUGGGAUGCUACUGAGGAAGAAAGACGCCAACGAAAAGCACAGGGGCCACCUAAAACAGAUCAACGAUUUACUGGUGGUGGACGAGGUGGUGGUAGAGGCAGAGGCGGCAGAGGAGGUGGCAGAGGUCGCGGUAGAGGAAGAGGUCGUGGAGGCCGCUGGUAA